AUGAGAUUCUACAGACUCCCAAUAAAAAUAUAUGUGAUUGUCAUAAACCUCAACGACAACGUCCCGGUUUUUGAUCUGAACUCGUACAUUCUGGAGGUUAAUGAGCUAUCCAAAGUUGGUACAACAGCAGGAAAAGUUGAAGCUAAAGACCUCGAUGGAGAUCAACUGUACUACAAGCUGGAAUGUCCAAACGAUGAAUUCACACUAAAGGCAGCAAGUAACCCAGAAAUUAUUGUGAAUAAGGUUUUGAAUUAUGAAACUACUAAAGAGGUCACUAUGACUCUUUAUGUCCAGGACACGCCCUUAUCUUCAACCGAGUCACUGUCUCAUAAUGACACCACCACCGUCAUUGUCAUCGUUUUAGACAUUAAUAAUCGACCCCCGUGGUUUCAGCCAUGCAAAGAGUCCACUGUUGGCACAGUCACACUCUGCAUCACCUCUGGAUAUACAGGGAAUAUCAAGAUACACGAACAAGUGGCUGGUGAAUUAACCCUGAAGCCUGGUCCAGUCCAUGCUAUUGAUGGAGACAAAGGAAGGAAUGAGCCGAUCAAAUAUGCAAUUAUUGAAGGAAACGUCGAUAAUACAUUCAUUAUUAAUGAAAACACUGGAAGUAUUACAAUGCAGAAAUCAGUGGGUACAGCAAGAAACAUUAUACUGACAGUCAUGGCAUAUGAACAGGUCAGUCCUGACCAGGCUGCCACCACAACUGUUACACUACAAGUAGUAGUGACAAAUAGCAAGUUUCCACCCAAGUUUGACAAAACCAACUAUGAAGGUUUCAUCUCUGAGAAUGCAGGUGUUGACAGCCUGGUGCUAGAAAGCAAGGCAGGCACCACACCUUUACGGGUUCAAGCCACAGAUGAAGACUUCUCUGAUGGAGUAAAUCCUAAUAUUACAUUUGAGGUUCCUGCAGCCAGUCACUUUAAAAUCACUCCAGAAGGCUUCAUAAUCAUGACAAGAGCAGCUUUACCUGGCCCCUUGGACUUACAGAUAACAGUAGUUGAUACAACAACUGGUGAAUUCAGCCAUGCCUCUCUCUCUGUAGAAGUCACUCCAGGAGUCACCACUACGGACAUGCCCACUACAACCCCUAAGCUUAAUACCACUGCCAUGACUACAAGCAUGGUUACCAGUAGUCAAAUAACCACUAACAUGGUUACAGAUCCUACCACAGUUACAGGUACACAGCUAACGGAAAGCACCUCCAGUCCACAAACCAUUACCACAAACCCUGAUACUACUCGCAGUCCAUACACAGAAGGGUUGCCUUUGCCGUCGGGUCAGUUCCAGACAGAGGAUAUGAUAGCUCUGGGAGUGAGUCUGGCUAUAGUGCUACUCAUCUGCUUUGUAGUUAUUGGUGUUCUAGCCUACAACCUGAGUCGCUUCAAUACGAACUGGAAGAAGUUGUCUGAGGCUAGCAUCUUCCGGAGCACGCUGAGUGGGAGUUCAGGUGGUCCUAAAGAUGGAGUGCAGUACACCAAUGAGGGUUUCCAGUCUGAUGGAGACACGGACAGCGUGACUUCGAAGCAGGCGGCAGAGUUGGUGCUGCCACAAGGGCCGAAGCCUAGCCACGGCGUUGCGGAUGUACUGAAGACGCAGCGCAGCGCUCCGGCCGAGCAGAGCAAGACCAACCAUGAUAAUGGCUCUCUUCCUACAGACUCCAGCAGCCUUAAUACCUCAGACAGCACAGAUUUGGAAAAAGAGGUGAAACCUAUUCUCACCAAGGAGCGGCGCAUGGAAGAUGGCUACAAAGCUGUGUGGUUUAAAGAAGACAUCGAUCCCAACGACAAGGACGAAGUGGUCAUUACUGACAGAAACGAGGACGUUGACAAUGAGGAUUAUGAUCAUGAUGAUGACGAAGAGGAUGAAGGGGAAGAGGAGGAGGAGGAGGACGAGGACGAAGCUUCUAAUUCUGCAUUAUAGCAGGCUGUUAGCUUGUUGCUGCUUUUAAAUAUUGACUUCCAUAUAUAUUUAAGAGUUUCGACAUACAUUUGAAAAUUUUUGUAGUGUGCUUUUUCCUGACACCCUUUUAAAUAUACAAGCACAUACUUUAUAGUGCAAUAUGGUCUUAAUCGUUUUGGAAAGUAGUAACUGCCUAGUAAUUUAAUAGAAGAGUUUGAGAUGGAAAUACUGUAGUUUUGUAAAUGAUUUAAGAUACUCCUACAUGUCCGUAUAGACAGGAAGAGUAGGAGGAUAACAUUAUGACUUUCUGAAUCUGUACUUAUGUAAUGUUUGCCUUAGCAACCGUCCAGCAUGUUCCUGCAUUUUUAUGAUAAGAUCCGAUGAUGUGUUAGAGUUGUUAGGUACAGUAAAUGGGUGCCCUUUAGCCAGCGAUCAUAAAAUCGAUACCCAAUAAUAAUAAAUGCCUUAUCUCAGAGAAAAUGACCUUUGAUUAGUUCUGCUUUAUGACCUUUUUAUACUGUAUGGAUUGUCAUGGAUUACUCAAAGAGGCUGGUCGAUAUGAUCAUAUGAAUGUCAUAUGUUAACAUUAAUCCGGUAUUAAAACCUGGCACGUCUUUAAGAGAAGAGAAGUUUUUUUUCCUCUCUCUCUUUCUCUGUCUCACUCUGUUUCUCAUACCCCAGCAGACACAGUUGUUCCUGGCACAUUUACGGUUUCCUUUUUAAAGCCAGUUAAAAAACAACAGACUGCCUGAGACCCCCUGGGUGUUGUUUGUCAUAAUAAUGAGUCAAAUGAUCAGUGAAAAUGGAAUCGGUUUUCAGUUCACGUUUUCAUACAGCAGUAAAUGAAUCAGAAAGCAUCUUUUAGCCUGAACAGCAGGCAACUGGAACGCCACUGUGAACACAUAAUUGUUUGAAUCAUUUGUUUAUAAGGUUGCAUGAAUUGUAUAUAUACAGUAUAUUCAUAUUUAACUCAUGAGUUUUAGCAAAUUCAUACGCAGAAUAUUUUUGCAUGUCGUGACAAAAUAACUAAGUGACUCACAAAUCAUGUCUUGUUUAAUUAUUUUGAUGAAUAAAGUGCUCGUAAAUGCUUAGCACUAACAAAUGUGUGUAUUAGGAUACUGUAUGCUGAUAAAUGGAACAAUUAAAACCAGGACUUUGAAAGA